AGCCGUUUGGGCUCUGAACUCCCCCUUUCCGUCCACCGAAAGACCCCGCCGGAACACCGCGCCGGUUGUGACCGCACGCGGCCGUCAUGGCGCUGGGCCUCACGCCCAGCGUUGCACGCACGUGGCGGUGGACAGCACGAGCGCUGGGCGCUGGUGGAUGGCAGACGGAACUUCGACACGGGGGCCACUCGAGUGGAGAUGAUCGAAGAUUCCAUGCUGGCAUCCUGAUGCUCACUGGCAUCGCAGGUGGCCAGCGCAUGCGUUCGCGGGCGCGGGCUGCAGCACUACGCCAGAGCCGCUCCAUCACACGUGCCGCCGUGGCCACGCAAGGAGCGUCGGUCACGGGCAGUCGCACGGCCUUUACUGAGAACGGGGCAGUGGCACUGGAUAGCUCUGGCGAAGCUUGUGUAGACUUCCUGUUCACAGUGGUGCCAGGCAUCAGUCGAGAUGCCUUGUACACCGCGCUGCGCAAUGCUUGGGAUGAAGACCCUCUCGCCACCAUGAAGCUGCUGCUGCAGUUGGGCGAUCCACGAGAGGGGAAAUCGGACCGCGACAACCACCAGUUGUGCCUACUUUGGAUUUGGAGGCACUUCCCAGCAACUGCCUUGGCAAACAUUCGAUCUGGUGCUCUCGCCGGGCAUACCUGCUUGAAAGGAUUGCUUGAUUUGCUGAUGUAUGCAGCGUGGGACGACGAGACGUUCGUCGAACGGGACUUGGAGGAGUUCCCCCGACGAGGCACAGUGGGGCCAGAGCGAGAGUACAGGAAGCGGCUAAGAUUCGAGAAGAAGCGUGGGUGGGUGAGGAGAACGGUGGACGACAGGACGGUGAGUCGGAGGCAACGUGCCGAGCUGCGAGGGCGGCAAGCUGCGGAGCGUGUGGAGCGGAUCGAAGCCUUUCGCAAGAUCUUGGAGGAGGAAGGUCUGGAGCCGUCGCAGAUCCGACGCACGCGGCUGUUCCGGGAUGCCUCUUUGCCCCAAAGGAUGCCGUGGAUGGAGAAGGAGGAGUGGACAUCGGAUGAGAUCAAAGCGCGCUUCGUGAAGUUCUGUGAAGAGGUGGACCACGCAAAGAAUGAGAAGAUUCACCAGGAGGUCAAGAAAAGUCACGCGCGGCGGCUGGCAGAUGUCGGUGAGAAGUAUUCCUCCAAGCCGGAGCUCAAAGAACUCUACGACACUGUCGCAGAUGUUUUCGCCGAAGCCCUCAAGGAGUUGAUGCAAAUCAGAGAGAAGUAUCUCUCUGGAAGUGACCUCUCCAGGGAUGAACGCUUGAAGCUGACAGGGAGUUUGUAUCCCAAAUGGGCACCUACAAGCAAUGGGAUGCAUGACAAGAAGACCGACAUCGUGCGAGGUCUGGUGGAACGGAUCUUCCCUGCUGAGGAGUUCCAGCUCGGCACGUAUGAGCACUACAUCUCCUUCAUGAAGGACAAGUACCGGAAAGAAGUCCUUUCACCACUGCGGAGGCACAUUGAGCUGCCGGAAUCCUUCAUUGGUGCUCAAGAGUGGGAGAAGAUCAACUACAACCGGAUGUCAGCACGAUGCCGACUUCUAUAUGGACAGAGCGUCUAUGCGCAGAACGAUGAGACCUAUGAGGCACACCUCAAAGCCGCCCUGGAGGGUACGGCUCACGUGAAGGGUAAUGUGAUGCCAGAUGAGCUGGUGAGUCAAUCUCGGGAUGCCAAAUCUGAACUGCAGACCAUACAAGCUGAAGCUCAAUGGAAGGACCUGGUCUCAGAGGUCAAAGCCGCUGGGGUGUUGGGCCGGGCCCUGGCCGUGUGCGACACCUCCGGGUCCAUGUGGGGGCAACCCAUGGAUGUGGCCGUUGCUUUAUCCUUGCUGAUCAGCGAGGUCACGCAGGAUCCCUGGAGGCAGCGCGUUUGCAGCUUCUCAGCUGAUCCCUACUUCGUGUCACUACCUGAUCCGGACACCACGAACUUGGCAGAAAGGGCGGCACAGGUCCUGGGGAUGCACUGGGGGAUGAAUACAAACUUUGAGAAGGUCUUUGAGCGGAUCUUGGACAUUGCUGUUCAGAACCAAGUUCCCGGGGACCAAUUGCCGGAGCUGCUGGUGGUGUUUUCAGACAUGCAGUUCGAUGAGUCCAUCAGUUCUAUGGAUCCUUGGGCCACCACCCAUGAGAAGAUCAAGACCAAAUUCAGGACAGCAGGCUAUGGCGAGUACGUGCCAAAGAUCAUUUAUUGGAACCUCCGGUACUCGAGCGCCUCUGGGCGAGUCCCAACUCCGGCACUGGAGAAAGACGUGGUCAUGCUUAGUGGCUACAGCCAGGGACUUCUGAAGAGCUUUUUGAAGCAAAAAUUGGAAGCGCCUGCGCCCCUGGAGCAGAUGCGGGCGAUCAUCGAUUCCACCUACUAUGACGAUGUCCGAGUGGCAGCAGAGGAUCUCGCCCGAAAAGCUCCCGAUCGGCCUGAGUUGGCUGAAUUGCUUUGGAGUCGUCGAUCUUGACAGCGACGGAACACGUGGAAGAAGGGACAGAAGGCCAUUUGCGGAAGCCGAAGAGAACAAGUCGGCUUGAUCAAGUGAUAUCAAGUGUGGUUCCCGAGCAUGAGUUCCGGAGAUGUUGAGAUCGCUUGCUGAUUUGAACGUUUUGAAACGGACAUGGAUUGCUGCUUUCGAUCAUUGUACAGUCCGCCUAUUCUGGACGUGGAUCACGUGGCCGAUCCUUUUGACGCCGAAAUCCAAUGUUCAAAGAACAUGUAUGUGGUUCACAGUGCCCUGCAGCUUUACAAUGCUCGGCCAGCACCAGCAUCUUCGUUCAUCAGGCCUUGCCCGCAGUAAUCCCAGCUUUGCAGUGGAAUCACAG